UACAAUGUAGCAGAGAGGCGAGGCGAGAUCACACUGCGGAGUUAACAGACAGGCUGGAAACAAAUGGAACAAGCGAGCGUCAACACCAACGGCUGUCUCUUUCCCACCAAAUGAAUUGUCAUCAAACGUCGUAGAAAGCUCGUAGAGGAAGGCCCAGGCGGGGCCCUGGAGUGGCUCAGUACAAGGGUGUGUGUUCUCACCACCACCCCCCGCGCCUCUCCUCCCCCCUGGAGAAGACCAGCAGGAUGUCGGAGGCUAGAGAGCGUAGCCCCCGCCACCAGAGACCCUGGUCAGUGUACCGGGCCAACACCUUUGACCUCUCCUCUGAGAUGAUCGGCCUGGCGCUCGCAGGGAACAGCCAGGAUCCAGAUGAGCCUGUUCUAGAGUUCAGUGUGGCCUGUAAUGAGUUGGUGACCCCAGCUCUGGAGCGGAAACCCAACAGCUUUGUGGCAGUGAGCUGCACCACCCCUCCCCAGGCCUUCUGGACCAAACACACCCAGACUGAGAUCAUCGAGGGCACCAAUAACCCUAUAUUCCUGAGCAGCAUAGUCUUCCAGGACUCUCUGAUCAACCAGCAGACGCAGGUCAAGCUGUCUGUGUACGACGUCAAGGACCGCUCUCAGGGCACGAUGUAUUUAUUGGGCUCAGCUCUGUUUCCUGUGAAGGAGUUGCUGCAGGAGAAGAACCACAGUUAACACUUGACCCUGAGAUCUGCAGAGAACAAGCUCGUGGGGAACAUCACCAUCAUUGCCUGGCAGAUAGAGGAGAAGAGGGACCAGAGGACUCUGCCUGUUGCCAGGUUACCAGACACCAUCAACGGCAGGACCGUGCUUCCGGUGGAUGAGAGCCUGACAGAAUCCAUGGGCGUCAGAGCCAAAUAUGCAUCUUUAUGCAAAGACACCCCUGCUGACAUCAGUGUUUGGAGCACCAUGUCCAGAAUGUACCGUUUCCCAACGGACGGUCACCAUCUGCGGGUGCUAGAGAUGGCUGAAAGUGUGUUGUCUCUCAACAUCCCCAGACAGUAUGGUCAAACUACUGCGGAGGAGGACGCUGUCAGGGUUUGUGAGCUGGAGGAGCUGGGGAGUUGUCACCGAUGCUGGGAGAACCUACGACGACAGAUAGUCACUCAGUACCAGACCAUCAUCCUCGCCUACCAGGAGACUCUCUCUGACCUCACCAACUACAAGGGUCCGUCGUUCAAGGCCAGUAACCUGAAGGCAGAGAGGAAGCUGGAGUUCAUACCCACCAACCUUCAUGUCCAGAGGAUGAGGGUGCAGGAUGAGUCUGGCUUUGACCACACGUAUGAUGUGGUGACUAUCGGGGCUCCCGCCCACUGCCAGGGCUUCAAGAACAGCGGCUCGCGCAGCAAUCACAAGUUCGAGGAGGCCAAGAAACACAGUGCCCUGUCCAGCUGUCAGUCUAUAGUGUACAUCCCCCAGGACAUUGUCCGGGCCAAGGAGAUCAUCUCCCACAUCAACACRCUGAAGACCCAGGUCAGCUACUAUGCUGAGAGGCUGUCCCGRGCCGCCAAGGACCGCUCUGCCAACGGUCUGGAGAGGACCCUCGCCAUCCUGGCUGAGAAGACUCGCCAGCUGGUGACGGAGUGCGACUGCAAACUGCUGGCGUCGGCCAUCCAGGCACUGAACGCGGCACGCCCCGAGUACAUCGCCUCCAAGGCGUCACCCUCCYCCGACGCCACCGAUCAAGUUGUCCUGCGCAACGACCGGGACACGCUGCUGGCCAAGUGGAGCGGAUGCAACAGCCGCUCCUCGCUGCACGUCGYCUGGCACGAGGAGGAGUGGGAGAAGGUGUGGGUAAAUGUAGACAAGAGUCUGGAGUGUAUCAUCCAGCGGGUGGACAAACUCCUUCAGAAGGACCGUCUGCCUGGCGACAGCAGCCAGGGGGACACUACCCCAGACCACCAGCAGGGCGGCAGUAGUAAAAAAGAUGGCAGCCCCAGUGGCGAGGAGGCUUUCCCAGGGGAGUGGAGCGAGGCGCUGUACCCUCUCCUCACCACGCUGACAGAGUGUGUGGCUAUGAUGAGUGACAAGGCGAAGAGCUCCAUGGUGUUCCUGUUGAUGCAGGACAGUGCUCCUACCAUCGCCAUGGACCUCUCCCUGCAGUACAGACGAGACGUGGUCUUCUGCCAGACGCUCACUGCCCUCAUCUGUGGCUUCAUCAUCAAGCUGAGGAACUGUCUCCGUGACGAUGGCUUCCUCAGGCAGCUCUACACCAUCGGCCUGCUGGCCCAGUUUGAGUCUCUGCUCAGCACCUACGGCGAGGAGCUGUCCAUGUUGGAGGACAUGUCGGUAGGCAUCAUGGACCUACGGAACGUUACCUUCAAGGUGACCCAGGCAACCUCCAGCUCCUCCCCCGACAUGCUGCCGGUCAUCACCGGCAACCGGGACGGCUUCAACGUCCGCAUCCCGUUGCCGGAGACCAUGUUUGACGCGUUGCCGCGGGAGAUCCAGAAUGGCAUGCUGCUGCGCGUCCAGCCGGUGCUCUUCAACGUGGGAAUCAACGAACAGCAGACGCUGGCAGAGAAGUUUGGAGACACGUCUCUGCAGGAGAUCAUUAACCUAGAGAGUCUGGCCAGACUCAACUCCUACUAUCAACAGUUCAAGGAGGUCCUACCUGAGGACUGCCUGCCCAGGUCCCGUUCCCAGACGUGUCUACCAGAGCUGCUGAGGUUCCUGGGACAGAACGUCCACGCCAGGAAGAACAAGAAUGUAGACAUCCUGUGGCAGGCAGCAGAGAUCUGUCGUCGUCUGAACGGUGUGCGUUUCACCAGCUGUAAGAGUGCUAAGGACCGCACGGCCAUGUCUGUCACCCUGGAGCAGUGUCUGAUCCUACAGCACGAACAUGGCAUGGCCCCACAGGUCUUCUCCCAGGCCCUCGACUGCAUGCGCAGCAUUGGGACCAGGGAGGGGGUCACCCAGAAGAACCUGAGUGGCCUGUUGCCUGUCCGUGAUUUCAGGCUGGACCCCAGCCUGCUGUACUCCCUGCCCCUGCUGGCCCUCAGCCCCAACCUGCUGGUCGUCUGGCUGUUCCUCAGCGUCGCCUACUUCCUGGCCAAGCUCCGCUGCAGCUGAAGGCACAGCCCCUCUGCCACCCAGCCCCACCUACUCUCGACCUCUACUCACCUCUUCUCUCUGCCCGUUCCCCCCAGUGUGUCCGUCAGUCAGUCAGGAAGAAAGGCAAAAAGUUAGUUUGUCAGUCAAGGAGGAAGACAGGCAGUCAGGGAGUCAGUCAGUCGCUCUAUGUCAGUCUGUCUGGAGCUCAGCCGGGAGAACCCUCUGAUUGGUCGAGGGCAGACCGUGUGUACCUGACUGGACUUUAUGUGCGUCACUCGGGCUAAACUGCCAGCUGUUCCACCUAAUGGGCAGCCAGCACUCCUCCCGCCCUGCUCUCUGUCCUAACCAAUCCAGUCAGAGCAGGAGGCUGGUCUAAAGGUCUAUGUGCAGUACUGUAUGAGACUGUUACUGUCAGUGUUCUGACAUAUUUCUCAGUUUAACACCCAUUGUUUUACAACAAUCAAAUACAAACAGAGUAUGGGGAGAAACUUUGAAAUAAAGACGGUAAGAAGUUUUAGCUGAAUUUAAUGGAAGUUUUGUCCCAGUUGUCCUUGAGUAUUUAUAAUGCAGCUUCCCAACUCAUGACAUGAUUAUAACCAUGCUAUUAUGAUAAUGUGAUGUCAUGGAUCCUUUGGUUUUGCACAGAGCUUAUUUUCAGMCAUGCAAAUGUUCUGGCUUGCUUGACGUUUACGUCUUCCAUAAGGUUUGCAUACAGCAUAAGCCAAGGGAUGGCUUGGCCAUGCAAUAUCAAGCUGAUGUUGUUUUGAUCUGGUGGCCAUUUUGUUGUUGUUCCUCAGGCCUUCCUACUCUUACAGCAGGAGAGACUUGUGUCCGCUUUCACUUUAAAKCAAUGCACUUUAUUUAUCAACGUUGUCAUCUUAAUGAAGGUUAUUCGCUUGUCUUGCCAAUUGACACAGUUUCAUCUUGGUCGGAGCAAUUUGAAUUGYCUAAAUCUGGGAAUGUAUGAUAUUUCAGGGGAGCUUUGUUGGCUUGUUUGAUUAUGCAGUGUAGUUUUUCCGAGGUGUUUAUUUUUUAGUUGAUAUCAGAUUUCAUGUCUGUACCAAGUUUCCUAUUUACUAUGGAGUUUGUAUAUAUGAAUUGGUUCUUUGUUUGAGAACCUAUAAGUGUUGCAGUUCUAGGGAAAUGACAGAGAAGAUGAAGAGAAUGUACAUGGGCAAACCUCAAAUGGCUCCCUACCACCAAACGAUGCACUACCUCUGACCAGUAGUGCACUAAAUAUAGGGGAUGAUUUGAGACACAGCCCAUGCUUGUUGUGCCAAAUGAUUUAGCCAGGUCUCAGAUGCUAGAUACAGGUCUUGGAUCUUUAUUCCAGGUCAAAGUGUUACUUCCAGAWCUCCCAGCAGCCCAAAUCCAUCCCGCUUCCACAGAGAAGUGCCCUAGAAAGGGAGAUUUGAUAUCAGACUCUUUGGGUUACUUCCAAGCCUUGCACUCUGGACUUCCUGGUCUCUGCUGAGAGUCCACCCACCAUUAUCAUAUACAGUAGUUGCUAUCUAGUCCCAUAAAAACAUGAUUAGCRAUCUAAUGGUAUAUGCACUCAUUAAUAUGUAGACUAGUGGUAUUAUCGUUUUCCAGCCCCAUAGCCUCUCUCCAUUUGAAUCAGUAUAAUACCUGUCUUCGGUGCUGUGUUACGUCCCAAGACGGCCACACUCAAUCCAAUCUAAAGUGACCUACUAAAGAAAUGGACCAUCCGUCCCAAAAUAUCCUCCUCUGUGAGAUUGUCACGCUUGUAUUACAUCCCCUCCACCCCCCAUUUCCAACUCCUAGACCCCCACAAUGGAAAACUGGAGYGAUUCUUUUGUCCUUGUUGGUUGAGCUAUAUGCAAGAUUCUUAUAGGCCUCUCACCUGUGUGACUGGUAUGAGAGCUAGGCUGGGUUUAAUGGUGUAUUUAGGUUAGUUCAAUGGUUUGGUUUUGAAUAUUCCGUUUUUUUUUUUUUUACUGAUUUUUGUGCAAUGUUAUGUUUUACAUUAUCGACAAAUACGUAGGUACAUGCAGUAUUUAUUUCUCAGUAUUCUACAGUAUUUACUUUUUCAAUCUUGUAAAUCCAUAUUGUAAUAAUAGAAAUGUAUAAAGUCAGAUCAUCUAUUGAUAAGUAUGCUGGUGUAGAACUACCUCUAUUGUCCCAUAAAACACCAUCUGACUGUCAGCCAGGGAGGAGAGCUGAGGGACAGCCAGGGAAGAGAGCUGAGGGACAGCCAGGGGAGGAGAGCUG